CUCCCCUCCCUCGGGCCUCCUCGUCCACCACCACCACCACCGCAUCGCAGCUUUCUUCGUUGCUCGCCUCGCCUCCUCGCCGCCGCGGCCACCCGAGCAUCCCCUGCUCUCAGCCGCUGCCUUCCGCCGCCUCCGCAGACCCUCGUCUCGCCUCGCCGCACCCGCCCUCCUCCUCUCGCGUCCUCGGCGGACCUCGCCGUCAGCGGAUCCGGCCGGCGGGGUGCCGUUGUGCGCUGGCCCUGCAGCGCGCGGGCAGCAGUGGAGCGGAGGGCCCCCCUGCCGCCCGCUCCGAGGAGCAAGCACGCGGCACGAUUUGCUGGCUGAGCUCCACACUGGUUCUUGGAGGUUUGUGACACACUACUGGGGUGAACACACCCACGGAAAAAAGGAAAGAAAAAAGGAGAGAGAAAGAAAGAUCUCAAUGGUUUGAAGUCUUCUGCCAAAAGCAAGAGCAAUGUGCUGUUGUAGAAGGGGCUUGUUGAAGGAGCAUCCCAUAUAUUUGUAGCAGAUACCUGUACGCUUGACUCAUGGGUGACUGGGUUAUAGGGGCGUUGAUAAACAUCGUGGGGAGUGUUGCCAUAAACUUUGGUACCAACCUUCUGAAAUUGGGCCAUGAUCAGAGAGAAAAGCUUUCCGCUAUUAACAACAGUGAGGGCAAUGAAAAAUUUGUUCCAAAAUCAGUCAUGCAUUUCCAGACUUGGAGAAUAGGUAUACUCUUUUUUGCUGCUGGGAACUGCCUCAACUUCAUGUCCUUUGCAUAUGCUGCACAGUCACUUCUUGCAGCUCUUGGAUCAAUCCAGUUUGUGUCCAACAUUGCAUUUGCCUACUUUGUAUUGAACAAGACUAUUUCGGUGAAAGUCAUGGUAGCCACAACAUUUAUCGUCUUUGGCAACAUCUUCUUAGUUUCCUUUGGCAACCAUCAAUCACCUGUUUACACGCCGGAGCAGCUGAUCGCAAAAUACAGCAAUUUGGUGUUUGUUCUUUAUUGCAUGUCAUUGGUAUUUGUGGUUGCAUUCAACCAUUAUCUCUAUAGGAGUGGAGAAACUAUUAUUUCAAAUAGCUCAAAAGAUGCUGGUACAUAUUGGCGAACAAUGUUGCCAUUUUCUUAUGCUGUUGUAUCGGGUGCUAUUGGAUCUUGCUCAGUCUUGUUUGCAAAAUCAUUGUCUAACAUGCUGAGGCUUACUAUGAGCAGCAGAUACGAGUUCCAUAGUUUGUUCACAUACUCAAUUGUUCUGCUUUUUCUGUGUACUGCUGGAUUUUGGAUGGCAAGAUUGAAUGAAGGGCUGUCAUUAUUUGAUGCAAUACUGAUUGUUCCAAUGUUUCAAAUUGCAUGGACCUUCUUCUCUAUUUGUACAGGAUUUGUUUACUUUCAAGAAUAUCAAGUAUUUGAUACACUCAGGAUAAUUAUGUUUGUAUUGGGCAUGACAUUCGUCUUCUUAGGGAUUUCCUUGCUAGCACCUGAUGACAGUAAAGCAGCUGACACCAAAGAUGGUUCGAGCGCCACUGAGGACUCAGUAAUUGAUAUGGACAGAAACGGAAAGAUGCAGAUGGAGGAGACAGAAGCAGAUGAUAGCAACUCCUUUGUAUCUUCUGUAAAAGUAAAAGCAAAACGUGUAUUGUUGAAGGCAAAGUCGGCAUGCUCUAUGUCCCUUGGCCUUGGGGAGGAGUCCAUAAGCGCUUCGUCGGUGCUUGCAAUGCCUAUGGUCUCGUCAAGAACAACUGGCUUCAGAGGCAAUGACCGGUCGAAGUAUGUCCCCUUACGAACCACAGAUUGGAGUAAUCUAUAGCCGAUGGUGAUCUAUAGAUACACAGCAAAGGUCUUUACUUUUGAUGUUGCCUAGCGGAUGCCAGUAAAGUUUUUUGUUGCUUCCGAGGGCAAUUAUUUGUUCUCCGCCAUAGUUAGCUGUAACACCAGUGUAUAGUUCAACGUCUUUUACCCCCUUGAAACACUGUCCAUACCCAGGUUGUAAUUCUUGGAAACAGCUGCCUGUGCUACAUACAUGUGUAAACACGCCGUUUUAGGUUAAAAACUCAAGUGAUUCGAUCCGUCU